GAAGAAAACCCUUCCAUCGGACCAUUCCUUCCAUUCAAUUUAGGGAUAGCUUAUUAAUUCAAUUUCUAGGUUUUCCAGUUUCAACCCAAAGGCAGGGUAGCUCUUCACACCAACUGAUCUUGGCUCUGCUUCCAGUAAAUAAAGAAAUUUUGGGUAGAUAUCAGAAUGUGGUAGUGAAGCUUUGUUAUGUUAUUCGUCUUGGUUAUGGGGCUGAGUGCUUAGUGUGUUCUUCUAGUAAAUUUGAGAAGUACAAUUAUAGUUAGAUACUUGGCAAGAUGGGCAGAUCGAGUCGGCGUAAGGAAAAGCAUGAAAAAGUUGGGGAGCUUCCACAACAUGAUUCCAAUGAAGGAACUUCUGCCCGGACUAGGCCUUUCAACUACGAUGAGCUGAUGUCCAAGAGGAAUAGUAAAAAAGUUGAUGAAAAAGUUGAAAGUGUCAAAGAAGGAAAUACAGAAGUGAGGAAGAUAGAAAAGGACAGCCUAAUCCAUAAAGAUUUUAAUGUUAACAGAUAUGAUGGAGGAAAUGGACAUGGCAAGGAAUUUUCUGUUGGUCAUGAAAGGCACCUAUUGGGAGACAGGGAGAAGAGAAGUUCCCGCAAGAAAAUAGAGAAUGCGGAUAGGAGAAACGAUAGCAUCUCUAAACAGAAAGCUAGGGAGAAUCAUGAGCCUGAAAGAAGAUUGAAGUCUGAAGUGAGAAAAGAUACAGAUGCUAAGGAUGAAAGCAAAUAUGAGAAACAAACUCAUGUGAAGAGAAAAACUGAGAAAACAGCUGGUGGUUCAGAAAAUGCAUACGCUAAGAAGCAUACUAGAGACUUGGUGGAGAGGGAUAGGCAUGUCAGCAGAAAUGAGGGGAAAUCUGAGAGAGAUGACAAGAGAAAACAUCAAACUAGAGAUGAUGAAGAAAAUAGAGAAAGGAAUACCACAAAAAGACAUGAGACCCGAAAGGGGCAUGCUUCAGAAACUAGUGAUAGGAAGGAGAAGAAAGAACCAUCGAGAUCCCAUCAUGAGGACUCAAACCAUAAAAGGAGACGUUCACAGAGCCGAGAGUGUGAGGACAGGCAUAGAAGAUCUAUUUCUCUCUCACCAAGGGUGCACAAGCGUGCAUCUCAUCAUGUGUCAGAGCAUGAACUUUCCUCACAUGGUGUAAAAGUGAGGUCUGGAAAACAUUCUGAUGACAGGAGCAGAAUGACAAGUAAUGGUUCGAGUGGCCACCAUAGGCGACAUGGUGGGUCCAGUAGUGGUCUUGGUGGCUACUCUCCAAGGAAGAGAAAGACUGAAGCUUCUGUUAGGACACCCUCGCCAGUUCAUCGUUCAAUGGAGAAGAGAACAGCUAAAUGGGAUCUUGCACCUGCAGAAACAGAAAAUAUGGUUUCUGGUUCAGCUUCUACUAAUUUACAGGCAUCAAGUCAAUUGGUUUCCAUCAAUAUGCAUGCUAUGGUCAAUGCUCUUCCUAGUGUUUCAGUGACAGGGAAUCCUCUAGUUGUGUCUUCGACCGGCUCUUUAUCCUUUGACUCAGUUCAACUAACUGAAGCUACCAGGCCUAUGAGAAGGCUUUAUGUAGAAAAUGUGCCAGCUUCAGCAUCUGAGAAAGCUAUGAUGGAAUCCUUCAACAAUUUUUUGCUUUCAUCUGGCGUUAAUCAUAUCCGUGGAACCAAACCAUGCAUUAGCUGUAUAAUACACAAAGGAAAGGGCCAAGCUCUUGUUGAAUUCCUUACACCAGAGGAUGCUUCGGCAGCUCUUUCUUUUGAUGGCAGUACCUUGUCUGGUUCCAUUCUCAAAAUCAGGCGCCCUAAAGACUUCGUUGAAGUGACUGGUGAACCAGAGAAAUCGAAAGCAACAGUGACUACAGUCAAUGAUGUUGUGGAGGGUUCACAUGACAGGAUAUUCAUUGGUGGGAUUUCAAAGGCUCUUUCAUCUGAAAUGUUUGUGGAGAUUGCUAAUGCCUUCGGUCCUUUGAAGGCAUAUCACUUUGAUAACAAUGAGGAUCUUCAUGAACAAUAUGCUAUUCUCGAGUAUGUCGACCAGUCUGUUACUCACAAAGCCUGUGCUGGUCUGAAUGGAAUGAAGUUGGGAGGGCAAGUAAUCACUGCAGUUCAGGCUGUUCUUGAUGGUUUUUCCUCGGGAAAUGGUGGAGAUCGAAAUUCCUGUAUUAUUCCUCAACUUGCGAGGCCGCUUCUUCAGAAGCCUACUCAAGUCCUUAAGCUUAAAAAUCUGUUCCCAGAGGACUUCUCAUCUUUAUCUGAGGCGGAGGUGGAAGAAAUACUAGAAGAUGUACGGUUAGAGUGUUCCAGGUUUGGUACAAUCAAAUCCGUUAAUGUUGUCAAGCAUGCGAAGAGUAUCAUGGCAAAUGGAGAAAACAAAAUGAAUGAUAAUAUGAGGGAAACUGGAACUGGAGAGAAGCUAGCUGAUGACGAAAUAAAUGUUGAAACGGAGACGAUGGAAGAAGUCACUUAUGGAAACUCUGGACGAACUGCUGUUGUGAACUUUCCGAGUAAUUCUCACAAGUUAGUGGCAGGCAAUAGUUAUAAUGAUGAGAAACCUGCUGGCAACCUUUUGGACAAUGAGUUAUGCCGACAGGGUGAGUUUGAAGGUGAUAUCAAUAAUGAAGAUGUAAACCAUGGGAGUUUGGAUGAUGAACUGUAUCCACCAGGGGGGCUUGAUAGCAACAGUUCUGCUGGAGCUCAGCUUGAUACUGAAAUGGCUGUUGAAGAUCUGACUUUGGAGAUUGUAGGCAAGACAAUUUCUCGAGAGGCCCCUAAUCCGAUUCAUACCUCAAAAGAGGAAUCAAAUUAUCAUUUUGACAGGAAUGCUGAUAAAAUUAAAAGUGAAGCCAUGAAUGUUGAGAAGAUAUCAGUAGUUGAAGAGAAUGCAAAUCUGGAGGAAGUCAAUAGAAAGUUACCUGAAGGUCUUUCAAAGAUCGAAGAUCCUUCCUUUAAGAGUGAGUCAAUAACAAGUUUUCAAGAGAUCCCUGCCCAGCUGAAUACCCAAAAAGAGGAACCAGACUCUCAAAAUGACAAGGUUGAUGAUAAUAUUAAAAGCGAAAUCAUAAAUGUAGACAAGAAAUUGGUGCCCAAAGAAGAGCUGCAGCAGGAAGUAGGCGCUGGAAAGUUACCAAAAGCUGUAGAUGGUUCUGCUGGUAGCACAAGAAUGGAAUUCAAUGCUAUUGAGAAGGAUGAAAAUAGGGAGAAGAACAAUUUGAAAAAGAUUUUUGAGCCCGGCUGUGUUUUUGUUCAGUAUAGAAGAACAGAAGCAUCAUGCACAGCUGCACACUCUAUACAUGGACGGUUAUUUGAUAACCGGAUUGUGACAGUAGAGUACAUCGAUCCAAACCUUUACCGGGUGAAAUUUCCGGAAUAAAUUGGAUCACUGCAAUCGGAGAUAAAACUGCUUCACCAAACUUUUAAAACUCCGCUUGUGCUUGUCUUUUAAGUAUGUUCUGCAUCAUCAUGCUACAUUGGAGUUCUUGAUAUAAUUACAGUCAGCCUAUGUGAUAUGAGACUAGGUAAUCUUUCUUUGACUAGCUUGGAUUUUGAGUACUUUAAUGAAGUUCGAUCAGCUUUGACCAGUCUGCAGGGACCAUUUGUUGCAAUAUAUGAGGCAGUGGAAGGGAGAGGAGCUAAAAUCAUCUGACUAGCUUGGUGAUGGUCACUCCAAUUAUAGACUCAUUUUUAUUCGACAUUAUUGUAAAAGUAGAUACAUUAAUGAUAGUUAGACAUUAGUGUACUAUACACUGGUAUUUUUGUAGUCUUGUAAGAAUAGGGCUACAAUCUUGUUUUUUCGCUUGCCCUUUGAUCACCAUUAAUGCAGGGAUAUCUAUGAUAUUUUUUUAUCA